AUGAGCACCGCGCGCUCGAGCACCACAAGUACGAGAACCGCGAGCUCGAGCACCGCAAGUUGCAGAACCGCGAGCGUGGGCACGGCCAGCACGAGCAUGGGCGUGAACGAUACUUCAAUUUUCCGAACCCUCAGGGUCAAGCCUUAUUCAGCGCAAUCCAGGGCCAGGAGUGCCACAAACCCACGCGGGAUACCUAGGCUGCUGCACCUCAAGGACUUUGACAGCCUGAUCAACGACCGCGAGCGACAGGGCCGCGUCAUAUCGGACAACGAACUCAUCCAGUUCAUCCAGAAACGCUCUCUCAAGGACUGGGCACAUGCACCAAGACUUGUCGCUGGUCUACGGAUUCUGCGUGCCGGCUUUUCCCAGAACGAACUCAACCAACUGAUCAAGGUGUACACAAUCGCUCCGGACGCUGACAAUCUAGAACCUGUCCAGACUGCCUUCAAAGAAAAGCACAGGGCCCUGAUGGAGUCUUCUGGCAUCGGAGAGAGCGAGAUUCUUAGUCGAGUGCUGGGUUUUGCUCUCGAUGAGAUCGAUGCCCAAUUCGAGAUGAUGAUGAGGAGCGCGAAGAGACAGAAGGUUGCUGCGACGCCCAGCACCACCACACUGGAUAAUUCGGACAGCGAGGCGAUCCCCGACAUCAGCAGCGGAUGGGAGACACCACAAGGCAGACUUGAAGAGACUCAAGAGACCGAGGUAAUCCCUGAGCCGAUGAGAAGAAAAGCACUCACUCCCAACGAUCGUGACCUCGCUACAACACAGGAAUCAUACACCCCUCUCCCCGAUGAGGCUGAUGUUAACGUCAACGACAGUACCACGAUCACACACGUUGACACAGAGGUGAAAGUCGGAAAAGACAGUCCGUCCGAGCCCGGACUGGAAACACCUGGUGGGAAUUCUGGAAUAGACAUUCCAGAACAAUAUGUUCAAUGCCUGUGUAUAGAUCGACCGGGGGACUUCGGAGAAGACUUGACGCCUUGGAGCGAGGCAUCAAUAUUUUCUGCGGAGACAUCGGAGCUGCGAUAUGAACUGCUUCUACAACAUACUCGAUGGCGGACUCACUCAGCACACACAGAAGACGCCAUCUACUAG